AUGCACGCGUCCUUCCACUGCCAUGCCAAUGAGUCUCCACCCCCUGCGGAAGAGAGCACUUCUGGAGAUGACACGGCAGUGAGCAAAAACGCGCCGUACUGCCAAGGCGAGUACAAUGUUUACAGCACCUUCCAGAGCCACGAGCCUGAAUUUGACUAUCUGAAGAGUUUGGAAAUAGAGGAAAAAAUAAACAAGAUAAAAUGGUUGCCCCAGCAGAACGCAGCCCACGCUCUUCUCUCGACCAACGAUAAAACUAUUAAACUGUGGAAGAUUACCGAGCGAGAUAAGAAGCCCGAGGGAUAUAAUUUAAAAGAUGAGGAAGGAAAACUAAAGGAACUUUCUACGGUGACCUCACUUCAGGUGCCUGUACUGAAGCCCACUGACUUGAUGGUGGAAGUCAGCCCCAGGAAAGUUUUUGCCAAUGGCCACACCUACCACGUCAACUCCAUUUCGGUGAACAGCGAUUGUGAGACUUACAUGUCUGCCGACGAUCUCAGGAUUAACCUUUGGCAUUUGGCCAUUACCGACCGGAGCUUUAACAUUGUGGACAUAAAACCCGACAACAUGGAGGACUUGACCGAAGUCAUCACUGCCUCUGAGUUCCACCCCCACCACUGCAACCUUUUUGUCUACAGCAGCAGCAAGGGGUCCCUACGGCUGUGUGACAUGCGGGCCUCGGCGCUCUGCGACAAGCAUUUCAAGCUUUUUGAAGAACCGGAAGAUCCUGGAAGCCGUUCCUUUUUCUCAGAAAUUAUUUCUUCGGUGUCCGAUGUAAAAUUCAGCCACAGUGGGCGCUACUUGCUAGCGAGGGAUUACCUCACUGUCAAAGUUUGGGAUCUGAAUAUGGAAACAAAGCCUAUAGAAAUAUAUCAGGUUCAUGAUUACCUUAGAAGCAAGUUGUGUUCUCUCUACGAAAACGACUGCAUCUUUGACAAAUUUGAAUGUGCGUGGAAUGGGUCCGACAGUGUCAUCAUGACCGGGGCCUACAACAACUUUUUCCGAAUGUUUGACCGAAACACGAAGCGCGACGUGACUCUGGAGGCCUCCCGCGAGAACAGCAAACCCCGGGCGAUACUGAAGCCUCGCCGCGUGUGCGCCGGGGGCAAGAGGCGGAAAGACGACAUCUGCGCCGACAGCCUGGACUUCACCAAAAAGAUUUUGCACACAGCCUGGCAUCCCGCGGAAAACAUCAUUGCUAUUGCGGCCACAAACAAUCUGUACAUCUUUCAAGACAAAAUGAACACGGAAGUGGAUUAGGGUUCCUCUGGAGAGACACGGCUUUGGACACGUGACCGAUACAGCUACUUGACUGACGAGAGAAGGGCCUUUAUUGGGAAGUAAGCACCUGGCAGAUCAAUGGAACUUACUCCCCAAUGAAGGUCUGCAGCAAUAAGAUGUGUUGAGAUGGAUUGAUUAUUCCGUGACCCACCACCCAGUCCUUUGGCGACCACUCUAUAUUUUAAUUCAUCGCAACCGCCACACAGUCAUCUCAGAAUAAAUUCUCCUUAUGACCAGGUG